AUGAGCUCUUCUACCAAUCCUGGCGCUCUUUUCACAUCACUCGAGCAAACUUUUGCUCAAACAGCCUUGGGCUCUUCACGCUGGUACCUUGUCGCGCUGGCAGCAUUGGUCGGUGGCACUGAACCUCUUUUAGCUGAUCAGCUCUAUCUCCACUUGAUCAGCAAACCCGAAUUUCAGACUCCUGCUACACGCCAAGCUCUGAUCAGACGGCUCCGCGAAGCACUUGUCAAACUCAUUUCAAUCAUUGGCGUCUGCAAACCCAUCGAAGCCAUCCUUUCCAUUAGCAAAGUCGAAAGAGAGGAAGAUCGCGACUACACGUUCAGCCGGGAGAACUGGAAAGCGGAUCAAGCCAACCAUGAUCGCGGACUCGAUUGGCUACAGAAGAUCUACAAAGGCAAUACGGAUGACACUCUGGCACUCUUUAAUGCGCAUCGUGACUUCCAAUGGAUCAGUACUGAGAUCACAUACGGUUUGUAUUUGUCGGACCGGAGCGUUCUCGAUGAUUGGGAUACCGAAGUCGUAGUGUUGGCGGGUAUUGCGAUUCAAAAUCUUCCGCUCGAGACGCACUGGCACAUUAGGGGCGCGAGGAGGAUCGGGUUUGGUAUCGAAGACGUGAAAGCGGUCCUAGAAGGGGUGAAGCAAGCCGGUGGAUUCAUGGAGGUCAAGUUGAACAGGCUACCUAGCGUGGAAGAAGUGGAGAAAGAUGUUUGA